CUAAAAGGAGAGAGAGAGCAAUAGAAGAGAGGCGACGCUGCACAGAGCUCACACACUCGGAGAGGAGCCACCACAGACUUGCACCCGCUCGGAGAGUUUGGAUCCUUCCUUUUUUCCUGGUCUUCUUUCUGGAUUCCUGCAGUUUUUGGUGUUGCUACUUUGUUGGACCAUCUCUCUGGGAGGAGACUUUGAAACUGAACGAAUGAGCUGAUCCAAAAAAGACUUUUAAGGAGGACUGGGAGGAAACCCAACUGACUUAUGGAUGUCCGAGCAUUCCUAAGCAGCUGGUGAGGGACCAAGCCGCACUGGGACUCUGGUCCAAAAGGUUGUGGGUUGAGGGGAGGGGGGGGACUCUCCCGCUGGUGUUCCCUCGCCCUGCGCUCGGCUCAGCAUGCUCCAGCCCCUGAGCUCCUCCACAGCUCCUCAGGCUCCACUACCAUGUGUAGAUGGACAGUGACACAAGGUGCACCGGUGGUCUGGUUCUCCUCCCGCCUCCGCGGCGCAACCUUGACGCGCUUCAUCCCCCUCGCCUUCCUCCUCCUGCUCCGGCCCUCCUGGUCCUCGCCGCUGUCCUCGCCGCCCACUUCUAGCCAGAGCCACCAUGCCGCCGGAUUGGGGAGCCCGCCGCGCCACCCCGUCGUCUGGCAGGAGGCCUCGCCGUCCGCCGUGUCGCCGGCGCCCCUCCGCGCCUCCUCCGCCAGGUUGCCGCGGGCGACCAACCUGUCUUCGCCCUCGGCCGCCGUGGUGGGGCGCCACGUGCGCAGCAGCUACAACCACCUGCAGGGCGACGUGCGCCGGAGGAAACUCUUCUCCUACCAGAAGUUCUUCCUCCGCAUCGACAGGAAGGGGAAAGUUAACGGCACCAAGACCGAGGACGAUCCUUACAGUAUUCUGGAGAUCAAGUCGGUGGACGUGGGAGUGGUGGCCAUCAGGGGCCUCAGCAGUAACUACUACCUGGCAAUCAGCAAGAAGGGAGAGCUGUACGGCGCGAGGGACUUCGGCCCCGACUGUCGCCUGAUCGAGCGCAUCGAGGAGAACAAGUACAACACCUACGCUUCAGCGGAGUGGCGCAACAAGCGCAAGCACAUGUUUGUGGGACUCAACGCCAACGGCAAGGCGGUCAGGGGCAAGAAGACCAGGAGGAAAAACACAACCACUCACUUCCUGCCCAUCGGGGUGCAUCCUCGGUGACUGGACGUCGGGGGGGGGGGUUGAGGGUUCGGAAGCACUCGGGAGAUUGUUGGAUGUGAAGGACGCACUGAGGAGGAAGCGCGAGGACAAUUGUGAAAGAAAGAUAUAUACAACCUCUAUUAUAUUUUACAGUCUAAGUUAUAAAAGUAAUAAUAACAGCAGAUGUGACUAUGGACUGAGAAGACGGACAAAGACCAGGUCAAAGAACAUCCAAUCAUGAGUUUUCUUUGAAUUUAUUUAUUUUGUGUAAUAUUUAACAGAAAACAUGCUAAAAAGACAAUUGUCUUGUCUUUUUUUUCUUUCUUUUUUUUUACCCUUUUACCAUUCUCUCUUUUUUAAA